AUGACUAUAGUGUCAUAUUAUGGAAAAUUGAAGAAGCUGUGGGAUGAGAUGCAAUGUCUAAGACUUUUUCCUUCUUGUUCUUGUGGUGCUAUGAAGAAUUGUAGUUGUAAUUUUCUUAAAAAGAUAACUGAAUUUGAAGAUGAAGAUAAAAUGAUGAAAUUCUUGCUUGGAUUAAACAGUGGAUUUGAUAAUACAGUAACAAAUGUAUUAUCUAUGGAUCCACUACCAAGUAUCAAUAGAGUGUUUUCAAUUGCUCAGCAAAUUGAAAAACAGAAGGAAGUCAGUGGUGUUGUUAUUGAAAGCAAAGCUCUAGCAGCACAAGUGUACAGAAACAAUUCAAGAAAUGUUCAAGGAAGAAGAGAUUGGAGAGAUGAGAAAAAGGACAACAUGAAUAAACAAUGUACUCAUUGUAAAGGGAAAGGACAUACCAUUGAUCAAUGUUUCAAGAUCAUUGGUUAUCCUGAAUGGUACAAUGCAAUUAAGGCUGCAAAGGAAGGCAAUUCUACUGGUGCUGGGAGUAAGAGUAAAAUUGUGGCUAAUGUUCACACUGAAAGUCAGCAUUAUGUUGAUCCUCUUGACCUUCAUAGAUCAGUUGUUCUUGGUGCUGGCACAAGAAAACAUGGUUUGUACUAUUUUGAUAGCUGCAAAAGUCUGAAGAUUACUCAAAGACAGGUGAAAGAUGAUAUUGUUGUUUGCAAUACUGUGGUAAAAGAUGUAGAUAGUGAUGGUAGAUCUACUGAUGUAGCUUGUUUGUUACCUGAUAAAACUGCUACUAGUAUAGCUCAGAAUAAGAAAGGAAGUAGACAUACAUUGGAUUUAAUGCAUGCUAGGCUUGGGCAUGCUUCUCUUUCAAAGAUGCAACAUAUUCCUGAUUGUGAAUAUAAUGGGACUGAAUUGAUUAAAGAAGCUUGUACUGACUUGUUUGCUAGCAAAGGUAUAUUACAUCAGAAAAGUGUUCCCUAUGUUCCACAACAGAAUGGAAGGGUGGAAAGGAGACAUAGGUCUUUGCUUGAAAUUGCUCGGGCAUUGAGGUUUCAUGCUUCAUUACCUAAGAAGUUCUGGGGUGAUUGCAUAUUGACAGCAACUCACUUGAUAAAUAAGCUUCCUACUAAAGUUCUAAAGUGGCAGUCCCCAUAUGAGGUAUUGUUUCAAAAACUUCCUUCAUAUUCUGAAUUAAGAGUAUUUGGCUCUCUUUGUUUUGCUUACAAUAUGCAACUCAAGAGAGACAAAUUUGACUCUAGAGCAAGAAGAUGCAUCUUUCUUGGUUAUCCUUGUGGACAAAAGGCUUUUAAAUUAUAUGAUCUUGAUUCCCAUACUACUUUUGUUUCUAGAGAUUUUGGUGAUGAUUCUGAAUUUCCUACAUCUCUCAUACAAAACACAAAUAACUCUCAACAUACACCUAUUUGUCCUUCAUCUACUUCUUCUACUCCUAAUUCUCUUACUCACAUUUCAAACACUCAUAUUUCUUCUCAUUCUGAUAAUUCUAUUCCUAUAAUACAAGUUCCUGUAAGUACUGAAUCUAUUGAUUCAGUUCUUGUUUCUCAUUCUCCCAUUAACACUGCUUUUCCUACUCCACUAAGAAAAUCUUCCAGAAUAAUCAAACCUACCACUGCUCUCAAUGAUUUUGUUGUUGGUUAUAUACCACACACAAAUCUCUCUUCUACUGAAAACAAUUCUCUCUCAUUUGCUGUUAAUUCAGCUUAG